AUGGCUAUCAUAUUUGGGAAUCAGCAAGGAACUGGACUGUUUGCAAAAUGUACCAGUGAUCCCCUAGGUUUCGACACAUCUGAAAGUGCAGGUACAUAUGGUGUGGAUUAUUCUGGAGACUUGGCUGGUCAUGAGAGUAACAAUGCAAGUCCAACUCAUGAUAGUGGAGAAUCAUUGAACCCAAGUGGUCCAAUUCGUGAUGGUGGAGACUCAUCUACUCGAAGUGGUGCAAGAAGGAACAGAGGGUGCAUGAUGAUGGAAGAUGAGGAUCCAUUGAUAUGCACUGUCACUGAAGCUUUUAAGACUCUUUCAGAUGCAAUCAAGCAGUCAGCACCACAACCACGUUUGAUAAUCCCACCCAACCUAUGGACUAUGAUGAAACAGAUUCCUGUCUUUGAAAGGAAACAUAUAGCACACUACUAUGGCUACUUGUGUGAGAAUCCAGCCCUUGCUUAUGCCUUUCUAGAGAUGGGACUAGAUGAUCAAAUGGUAUGGGUGUCUAUGUACAUCAAGACUCAUCUUUCUGAUUGA